AAAUUUUGCAUCGAAUUUAAACCAACAAAUUAAGCCCCCAUGUUUUUUCUAUAGUUCUUACAGACAAGCUACUCACUCAUGGCUGAACUUGUGGGUGGACCUCUUCUCUCUGCAUUUCUUCAGGUUAUUUUUGAUCGGAUUGCCUCUCCAAACGUUGUGGCCUUCUUACGUGGGAAAAAGUCUACUGAAAAGUCACUCCAAAGGUUGAAGACAACGUUAUAUGCUGCUGGUGCCGUGCUCCAUGACGCUGAUCAAAAGCAGAUCACUGAUUCAGCUGUGAAGAGUUGGCUGGAUGAUCUCAGAGAUGCGAUUUAUCACGCCGAUGACUUGAUAGACGAGAUUUCCACUCAGGCCGCAACUCUAGUUGAGGUAGAAAAAUGCUUUUAUUGCUCUUUUGACCUGAAUGCUCGAAAGAUAAAUUUCAAGAUCGAUGACGUAGUUGACAGACUCGAAUCAAUUUUGAAGCACAAAGAUAUUCUUGGUUUGAGAGAUCGUGUGGAAAGGGAGAACUUGUCAUGGAGGCAUCAGUCAACAUCCCUCGUUGAUGAAUUUGAUGUGUUUGGCAGAGAUAAUGAAAGAGAUGCCAUACUUGAGUUGUUGCUUUCUGAUGACAUCGAUGAUAACAAGAUAUCUGUCUUGCCCAUUGUGGGUAUGGGUGGGAUAGGGAAAACCACACUGGCCCAAGUAGUGUAUAAUAAUGAUCAAGUGAAGCAAAAAUUUGAUCUUAGAGUGUGGGUUUGUGUUUCCGAGGAAUUUGAUGUCCCUAAGAUCACCAAUAAUAUAAUAGAGUCUGUCACGUCUCAUGCUUGUGAUAUGCAAGAUCUAAAUUUACUUCAACUUGAUCUGAAGGAGAAGUUAUCUGGGAAGAAAUUCUUGAUUGUUUUAGAUGAUAUUUGGAAUGAAAAUUACCUUGAUUGGGAUCUUUUAAGAAGACCUUUUCUAUCUGGGACCAAAGGGAGUAAAAUCCUCGUAACAACUCGUAGUGAAAAGGUUGCUUCAGUUGUCCGAACUCUUUCAUCCUAUCAUGUAGGCCAAUUAUCUGAUGAUGAUUGUUGGUUGAUAUUUGCAAAACAUGCAUGUCUCUACAUGGAUUCUGUGGCGGAUUCAAAUCUAGAAAGCCUUGGUAGGGAUAUUGUUAACAAAUGUAAGGGGCUCCCUUUAGUUUCCAAAACUCUGGGCGGCCUUUUGCGCUUCAAACGUGAUAUUAGGGAUUGGAAUAUAAUAUUAAAGAGUGAAAUGUGGGACUUGUCAGAGGAGGAGAGCGAAAUUCUACCAGCUUUAAGAAUCAGUUAUCAUUAUCUCUCUCCACAAUUAAAACAAUGCUUUGUCUAUUGUUCCAUGUUUCCAAGAGAUUAUGAAUUUGAGAAAGAGGAAUUAAUCUUGUUGUGGAUGGCUGAAGGUUUCUUAGAGACAUCAAUGAAAGGAAAGACUUUAGAAGAAGUGGGGGAAGAGUAUUUGCAUGAUUUAGUUUCAAGGUCGUUUUUUCAGCCCUUGGUCAUGUAUAAGUCUAAUAGAUUUUUUGUUAUGCAUGACCUUAUCCAUGACCUAGCAACAUCUGAAGCAAGAAAAUUCUACAGCUACAGCUGCAGAUCUAGCAAGGGAAAUGAAAUUACUGACAUGGCGCGCCAUGUGUUUUGUGGAGACGGAGACUUUAGCUCUAUAAGCAAAGCAAAAUCUUUGCGGACAAUUCUUGUCAGGAAAGAGUGUGGUGGGUUUUUGCCAUCAAACAGAUUUUCAAAGCUUAAGUGCUUGCGUGUAUUAUCACUCUACAAUGUCUUGUCUGGGGCAUUGCCAGAUUCAAUAGACAAAUUGAUCCAUUUGCGCUAUUUAAAUCUCUCUCGAACUAGUAUCAAAAAGUUGCCGGACAAUUUAUGCCUCUUGUACAAUCUACAAAUGCUGAUAGUGAGAGAUUGUGAUGGUCUAACCAAGCUGCCCAAUGACAUGAAGAAGCUUGUGAGCUUGCGAUAUCUUGAUGCUUCUCAUUCUCGAUUACAAGCGAUGCCGAAAGGAAUUGGUGAAUUGAAAAAAUUGCACUUUCUGAGUGACUUUGUAUUGAACAGAGUUGAAGGGGCUAGUAUUAGAGAAUUGGGUGGACUUCAAAAUCUCAGCUCAUCUUUAACAAUAAAGAACUUGCAGCAUGUAUCCAAUGGCGGGGAAGCCUCAGAGACAAGAUUGGCAGAUAAGCGGUCAAUUGAAACUUUAUCUCUGACAUGGAAUGAUGCUGGUGAUAUUGUCAACUCAAGAGACAUACUUGACAAUCUACAGCCUCAUGUGAACCUGAAAUUUCUCGAUAUUUAUGGAUAUAAUGCAACUGCUUUCUCAAAUUGGUUAGGAUGCCCAUUGUACUGCAAAAUGGUUCAACUGAUCCUUUAUGAUUGCUUCAAUUGCAGCCUACUGCCGCCACUUGGGCAACUACCUUCUCUUCGGAUGCUACAGAUUGAAGGAUUUGAUGCAUUGAUGAAGAUCAGUACUGAGUUCUACAAGAGAAAUGAUGAUACUUUUUUGGCAACGCCCUUUCCAUCCCUUGAAAUUCUGGAAUUUAGAAAGAUGCCUGUCUUGCAGGAAUGGGGGAGCUUAUGUCCCAUAAAUGCUUUUCCUAAACUAAAACAUCUCACAUUAAAGGAUUGUCCUAGAUUAAGUGAUCAUUUGCCUAGUUACCUUCCUGAUUUGGUAACACUCCGCAUUGAUGGAUGUGAUCACUUGGCAGCUUCUAUCCCAAGGGCUCGAUCAAUAUAUAUCAGUGGUUGUAAAGAUAUGGAUUUUUGGGGGCAUCAUCAUUUUGAACUUGCGGAGUCCAUCAUUAUAACUAAUAGCUGUGAGACACUUUCUUGCUUGUCAUUAAAUAACAUUCCUAAUCUCCAACAACUCAUAAUGACCGGCUGUAAGAAUCUCAAAUCUGUUGCAUUUACAAGGGUUGCUUGUUUGCAUCUUAAGCAAAUUAAGCUGAUUGAUUGCCCCAGUCUUGAAUCUUUCUCACUGCAGAGUUUGUUUGCACCCAACAUGACUCAUUUGGAGUUAGAAAGAUGCUGUAACUUUAAGUCAUUGCUUGAUCUCAGGAUGAAUCUUCUAAUGUUACAACAUAUAUCAUUAAGCGGUUGUCCAGGCAUUGAGUGGGUUCCUGGGAGGAGUCUGCCACCUAAUUUGAUGUCUCUUUAUAUUGAUCAUUGGGCGUUUUCAUGCCUGUGUGGUUCUAUGGAGUGGCAGUCUUUACGCAGUCUCACUACUCUCUCAGUAACUGGUAAAUAUGAUGAUGGUGUACAAUCGUUCCCAGAGGAGUGCUUGUUGCCUUCCUCUCUUGCCAUUUUGUCCAUUAGCAACUAUCCAAGUCUGGAAACAUUGAACUGCAGGGGAUUUGUUAAUCUAAAGUCUCUUCAAGAAUUAAGGAUCAGACAAUGCCCCAAGCUACAAAGAAUAAUAGGACAAAUGCUGCCUGCCUCUCUCACACAUCUCAAUAUCUAUCGGUGUUCUUUACUUGGAGAAUUGUGCCAUGCAAAGAAUGGGGAAAUUUGGCCCAAAAUUUCCCACAUUCCAAAUAUUUCCAUUGACAAUAAUCGGGUUUUGUGACCUGGGAUGAAUUUUUAGCAUGUAAUAUGCAUUUCAUAUGAUAUAAGUCCCUUUCACAAAGUUAUUAUUUCUUUCCUUUGAAUUGGCUUUCUCUCUUUUUCUGGGGAAAAAUUGUAAGAAUUUCUUAACAAAAAUGAAGCCCUGUGUUUUGCGGUGGGAAAGACACUCA